AUGGAAAUGGCUGAAGGUAAGAUUACACCUGCAGGCAAAUCAGGCCAACUCCUGGAAAAAAUCUGGCAUAUGAACUUGCUAGCAAGAGAUGUGCUUCUAAAAAGUGAUCCGGAUAAUGAGGGUAUAGUGGAGUAUGUACUUAGACUGAUCUCUUUAACAAAAGAACUGAGCAGAUCUCUCAGUCAGCAGCUGGAGAACGUUACAGAAAGUAUCCAAGACACCUGCCACUUGCUGAGUGCUCUCCAUGACAAAUACAAGGAAUUGACCGCAAUUCCAGAGUACAAUGGAAUUAUAGAUUGUCUGCAGAAAGUAAAGGAUUGUUUGAUAAAUACAGUCUCACACCUUCAAGAGGCAGAAAAUAAACUCUGUGCUGCUAGCUGCAGACAAGAUGAUGAUUCUCAGAUCCAGACUGCUCAAAACGCUUCUAGAGAAACAGAUGUUUGUUGUUCUGAAGGAGAAACAACAGAGUCUGUGCAAGCAUCUUCUAGUCCCAGUCAGCAAUCCCAAAGAACUCCUUCCCUGAACAAGAUGGAAAGUCAGAAUGUUAAUCAAAUCCAGCCAAGUGAAACUAAAACUGUGGAAAAAGAUGUUGCAUCAUUAGCUGAAAACAUAUCUGCUCAAGAACAGGAUGUUAGCAGAGAACCUCCAAUGAAAAAGGAAGAUGGUGAACACAGACUACUUACAAACUCUGUUACAGAGAAAAAAGAUUGCAAUGGAAUGGAUAAACCCCAUGGAGGUAGCUCUGUUACUGAAAAGUCUCCAGAACUGGCUUUUCAAGAUGCUCUUACGAGCAGUGGGGAAGGCACUCUAUCUGGGACAUUGAAAGACAUUUACGGCAGAACUGCCGCAAAUGUUUUUGGACAGGAAAAAAAGGCAGUAGUCGAAUCUUUGAAAGGGGUAGAAAGUGAAGAACAUAGACUGACAGAGCAAAUGGAAGACAGUAAAAUGGACACAAAUAAUGAGAUUUGUAGGAAUGACCUAAUUACCUUCACAUCUUCAGCACAAACAUGUGAUCUUACUGCUGUGAAUCCUACUAUGAAUGAUUCAGAAGAAGUACAGAAAUCUAGGCACUGGAUGAACAAAGAAUUUCUAGUGGAAGAGAGUGGUAAGAAUGAACGUGAAGUAGCUUGUUUUAUUAAAGCCCCUGCAACUGUUCUGGAGAAUCUGAGGUGUAAGAUAGUCAAUGACACUAGUUCCUUGGUGGUGGAUGAUUCUGAGGAGCUGGUCAGCAAUGUAAUCAGUAUUGAAUGCUCUGAUUUUGAGAAAACAAUCCCUUUCCCUAUCAACAUUGCAAUCCCAUUUACAUCAUGCUUCAGCGGAAAUUAUCGGGAGAUUAUGGUGAAGGUGACUGAUGUGAACUUUCAGUCAAACUACUUAACUCCUAUUUCUUUCAAGGGAUACCACCAAGGAAACCAUAAGGAAACCUUUGCGGAAGUGAAAAUUUAUCAGCUGGGUGUUUUUUCUGUGUUGUCAUGCUUAAAGAAAGAAACAUUUACUGUUCCAAAGGUAGGACUCUCAAAAAAGCUGAGUGUGGAUUCUAGAAUCUCUUUCUGUUACCAUCCAGAAACAUUCAGUUCUCCAGCACCUAUCCAGUUAAAGAUUCAGCCAAUUGAACCAUCAUUGGUUUCGACAUUGAAAGCAAGACACGAUAUGUACCACUCAGUGGUAUCUACUAGUGCACUGGUUUACAUCCAACAUCCUUCAGCCCAACCAUUUAACAGCUCAGUCACUAUUACUCUACCCUGUCCUCCAAACCCAGAAAAAAAAAGGCAAGGAGAUGAGACAGAACAUGCAAGAGCCAUUAGUGCUACAGUAAAGAGGGUUGCUAUGGCAUACCAUCCUCGGGCUGUGAGUGCUUCUGUGAGAAAAAAUGGGGAGAAUCUCAGUGAUACUUUGAAAUUAUUAGGUCACAGAAACAAAGAAGAGGGGUGGAAGGUGUUUGAUGAUGUUACGAUCCAGAAUGCACGGAAUGGGCUUGUAUCAUUUGAACUAAAUGAGCAUUUAGAAAGCUUUGUCAUCAUUCGCCUUUCAUUCCUCUUGGAAAACACAUAUCUGCUCCUUUUUGCUCAGGCUCUAGAAGAAGCUCUUUGUAGCACAAUGGCUAAUGUGAUACUGUAUCGGAAAAGAGAAAACCCAUAUAACAUAGUAGUUUUGCUAUCUGCAUCCAAAGAAUUGACCUGCAAACUUCAAAAUCUCCAUGAGGAGGGCUACUUUGGUCCCCCAGAACCUACACAGCAGUUCCCCUUAAGAGAAGGAGAGCAGAUUCAUUUUAGAUUUAGAGGCAAUAUUUUUGCUUCAGAGAAUGGGAAAGAUUUUGGAAAAGCCUACAGGCUGAUUUUUCAUUCACAAAGAAAACCCAGGCUGGAGCUCCAAAUUAAAGAAGUGGAUGAGUUUGGUAACCACAGUUCACCUCAUUACAAAGGAACAGCAGUGUUUUAUAAAAUUACCAGAGAGAUGAUAACCAAAAACUGGGAACAACCCUUGCCAUAUGGUGAAUAUGAACACCAGUCUCCACUGUGUAAAUUAGCACUAACGUUACCAAAGAUACACACAGGAACCACUGAUGGAGCAGUUCUGAUCCAUCAGCAAUACAAACACCCUCAGAAUUUCUCUUAGCAGGUGAGGGACCCUCAUCCAAACACAAGCAUAGAAAAAUGUUUAGCAGGAGUUUUUCACCCAUUUGCUCUCCCCAAAUGCUAUGUCCCUGAGAAAUUAUUACUAAAGUUUCAGUUAUAUACUUGUAUCCUUGUCUUGGGAGUGCAGAAUUGCAAAUUGUAG